AUGGGGCACCCACAUAAAGUCAUUCUCUCUAUCUCCCGCUCUCUCUAUCUCCCUCUCUCUCUCUCCCUCUUCCUCCCUCUCUCUUCCUCUCUCUCUCUCCCUCUCAUCCGUCUGAGUGUGCUUUUCACACGUGCUACCUCUGACAUUCUGUCUCUCUCUCUCUCUCUCGCUCUCUCUCGCUCUCUCUUACGAUCAGUUGUCGUGACAUAUAAAACACCAUUUUGUUUUCUUGGUUUAAGCUUUCUUUCCUUCUUUCUUUCUUUCUUUCUUUCUUUCUUUUUUUCUUUCUUUACUUGUUUCCCCUUCUGUCUUUUCUUUGACCCUGUAUUUUUAAAUCCUUUUUUUUAUCUCGUUUUCUUUUGCUUCCUAUUCUUAUUCUUUCUUUGUAACUUUUCUCUCCUUUUAUCCUUUCUCUUUAACCCCCUCUUCUUUCGUGUUUUCUCUUUAUCCUCUUCAUCUUUCUCUCUCCUCAUUCUCUCUCAUCUCUUUAUCCUCCUACUCGUCCCUACCUCUCUUCUCUGCCAACUAACUCCUACUCUUUCUGACCGCCGACGCAUGUUUGCACACAAACAGACGAUCAUUAUAGAACCACACGACUCGUUCAUAAACUUCUUUCUUUCUUCCUUUCUUUCUUUCUUUCUUUCUUAUAUAUCUUUCUUUCUUUCUGUACUCUUUCUAAAACUUUUUUCCUUUUCUUUCUUUCUUUUCGUCUCAUUUUCCGUUUUCAAUUUACUCUUCUUUCUUUUUGAUUUCAUUUUUCUCUUUUAA